AUGGCAGACACAAACAAACGCAUCGGAACUGGCGCCAAAGCGCCAGUGGAGAUUGAUCCAUCGGCCUCUGGCACCAUUGUCCGAAUUGUAUCGGCCGCUGAAUCGACUUUUAAUAUCCUUUUGGCGGUACCCAUGAUAUUCAACGCGGAGAAAGCCUUCAAACGGAUGUACUUGACCGACGACCCAUCUGGGGCGCCUUACGCUGUCCCAAUGAUGCAACUGUGCGGUAUCAGCCUGGCCGCCAUGACGGUACCGAUGAUGCUUGGAGUCCCGAAUAACGCUGGGGCGGUAGAGACGAGGCGGGUCACGUAUCAGAUGCUAGCCUCCUUUGAGGCUAUGGCUCUCCCGCUCUUGUUUUGGCAGGCUUGGGAGAACGGCAGUGGGAUUUAUCCUACCAAGCUGACCUUGGCUUCUGGAUUGGCAAUGAGUGUUGCAUUGGGGUUUAGGAUUUUCGUGUUGCUCAUUAAACCGGAAUGGAUGGGCAAAUACCAGGGAGAGGUUAGGCUGAACUGA